AUGAUUUCCACAAGCAUAAGUUUUAAGAAUUUAGAAAGAUAUAAAAAUCAGAUGUUAGCUACAUUAGCAGUGAAUAUUAUAGCAUUUUCACAAGGACAUGCAGUUGCAUGGCUUGCACCUACCCUUCUAGUCCUCCAGUCAGAAAACUCACCGCUAGUAUCCGGGCCUGUUACUGUGGAGGAAGCAUCAUGGAUCGGAUCUGUUGUCAGUGUCGGUGGUAUUACUGGAACGAUAUUAUUCGGGACGCUGCUAAAUGUGAUUGGCCGGAAGAAGUCGCUCUAUCUACUUACAAUUCCACACACGGGAUUUUGGGUGAUUUUAAUGUUUGGUACAGUAGUCCCGCACUUAUACAUAGCGCGAAUCUUAAGUGGUAUAACUGGUGGAGGUGCUUUUAUUGUGAUUCCCACGUUCGUUGCAGAUAUCGCUGAUAAUAAAAUUCGUGGUACACUUGGGUCAACAAUUUUAGUAAAUUUCAAUGCCGGAAUAUUAUCUGGUUUCAUCCUCACAUCUCAUCUCAGCUAUAGUCUAUUUCCACGAAUUAUAAUCGGAUUUUCAAUUAUCUAUAUCAUCUGCAUAUAUAGCCUGCCCGAGGCUCCUCAAUAUCUUAUUAAGAUGAAAAUGCAUGAGGAAGCAGAGUGCGCAUUGAGGUUCUAUCGAAAUUUUAAGGCAGCUACUAAAGAAGAAUGCCAAGAAUUUAAUGAAAACUUAGCAAACUUAAAGAAUAGAAUAAAUGGUGAUUUGGGUAGUAAGCCAUCAUCUUUAUCCUACCGAGAUUUCUUGAAACCAGCAGCGGUUCGAGGAUUAUUAAUAAGUACGAUGUUAGUGUUCAUGAAUCAAGCAAGCGGACUAUUUGCUCUAGUUAACUAUACGUCGAACAUCUUCCAAAUGUCUGGCUCCAGCCUAGAUCCAAACACGAGUACUAUAAUCGUUGGAGCUAUCCAGUUAAUGGGAACUUUCUUAGCAGCCAUUUUCGUCGACCGUGUCGGAAGAAGGAUAUUAAUAAUAAGCUCAUGCAUAGGCGUCGCAGUAGGAUGUUUCUCGUUGUCUAUUUUUUCAUACCUCAGCCUUAACCAAGACCUGACUCAUUUAAGCUGGAUUGCUGUGGCCAGCGUGUCGUUCUCAAUUCUCAUGGGAUCAUUCGGAUUAACUCCAUUACCCUUCAUUGUCGUAACGGAAAUUAUGCCUCAAAAGGUAAGACCAGUAGCAGUGACAUUUUGUUUGUGCAUCCUAAGUGUGACAGGGUUCACAGUGCUGAAAAUUUAUCCUAUUAUGAUGGUCGACUUAGGCAUUUAUGGUGUCAUGUGGAUCUCUGGUGGAAUCUGCUUGAUAGGAGCCGUUGUGAUGUUCUGUUUUUUGCCAGAAACAAAAGGCAAGAAUCUCGAUAUAAAGGAAGAUAGCUGAGUAUUUUAGAAUGUAAAAGUAUAGAUACGGUAUAUGUUUAUAUAUAUUUAAAAUGUGCAUUGGAAGAAA